GAACCAAACAGAUUUACAUAUAUUCCCAUAUCUUCGUGCUUAAAAUAGAUUUGUUAUUGUCAAUUUUGUGGGAGUUUCCCUUGUUCAAAGAUCUAUAAAAAAGUCUGUCCCGGGAUCACAUGUAUAUUUUUCGUAAGAAACGCCAACCUACUCGCGAUGCAAAACGAAAACAUUUGGCAAAAUUUAAAUGCAGCAAUGUUUUCUGCUUGUGACGGAAGACUUCAACAACCAACUUUUAAUCCCCUCCUCUCAUCUAGCCUUAAUCACGGCCCUGGCAAAGAAUCGUCGUUCUACACUGGUAUGAUAGAAAGAAGGCAAGAAAUGGAUGCUUUUGAAAGUCCUUGUGCUAUGAUCAAAGAAGGUCUCAAAAGAAAAAUCACCCAAAAGCAUUUGGAAAAUGGUACAACGUUACCGAAAAUAGAAGAGAAGAAAAGACAGCCAGCACCACCGAGAAUGAAAGAAGAAGAUCCAGAGGUUAUCAAGAAGCGAAGGGAGAGAAAUAAGAUCGCAGCGACGAAGUGCCGAAAGAGAAAGAGAGAACGCAUCGAAAUAUUGGAAAAGAAAACAAAUAAACUUGAGGAAACAAGGAGGAAGAAAUUAGAAGAAAAGGAGGAACUGUUGGCUGAGCUGCAUGAAUUGUCCGCAUCACUGAGUAAUCACUGGUGCAAACUUGUGCCGUCAACAUCUGUGGCAGAUUCUCGGCAUACAGAUCAAUCAAUCUGCUUAUCACAGAAUGCUGCGCUUUUGAAUUCUUUCCGACAAAAAUACGGAAACUUCAAUGUAAGUUAGUUUCCUCUGAUCUUCGUCCGGCGCAGCAAGACUCUUGCAAGAACUGAAAGUUGAACACAGUUUGUGGCCAUAUGCAACAAACAUGACAUUAUUUUGAAACUUACAUUAAGCUUUUAACAUGCUUAACAAUUCAUCUCUUAAAGGUGAACUCACUUUCUUCGAAUUUCCGAAGAUGUCCUAAAUUGUAAUGAUUAAUUGACUAAAUUCCCUAUGCGGUAUUUUUAUUAUCGUUAUGGAUUUCUUGUGCUAGACUUCCUGUGAAAAAUAAACUGGCCCAUGGUAGGUUCCCCGUUAUUACUUGAGUCUUUAAAACUUUAAUCCUCGUAGUACGCUAACAUCUUCUCCUAUGG